AUGACAUCCCCCGACAACGUGACCUCCCCCGACAAUGACGACAGCCAAGACCCAACGGUCGAGGCCUUCGACGACACUGACCGCGGCCGGUUCAGCGCCGGAGAGUUGGCGUUGUUCCUGGACCGCAAGGGCCGCACCUACCAGGAGAACCUGGCCCUGGGCGGCGAGUUCCACUGCCACCUGGGAUGGUUGGCCCACGACGCCGUCAUCGGCCAACCCGUGGGCGGCUGGUACACCACCAGUCGCGGUCACGUGUUGCUGGGCAUCCGGCCGACCCUGGGCGACUACGUACGCCUGAUGCCGCGCGGCCCCCAGGUGAUCUACGCCAAGGACCUGGGCAACAUCGUGUCGAUGGCGGACAUCUUCCCCGGAGCGACCAUCGUGGAAGCGGGGUUUGGGUCCGGCGCGCUGACCACGGCCCUGCUCCGCGCAGUGGGACCCGACGGGCGCGUGCACUCCUAUGAGAUCAACGAGGCCGUGGUCUCGAAGGCCAUGUCCAACGUGCGUUCGGUGAUCCCCGACACCUCCCGGCUGGAAGUGACGGUGGGCGACAUCUUUGAAGGCAUCUCCGAUACCGACGUUGACCGGGUGAUACUGGACCUGCCGGAGCCGUGCAGGAACUGGUGCUGGCCCUGA